CGGUCUGGAACUAAUCUCAGGGUACAUUUUACCCAUUACACCAAACGAACACAUUUUUCCUGUUACACCGUCUAACUGUUGUGUGGAACAGAAACUAACAAGAUGGACAUGGUCGUGUGCUUUCUCUUGUUGUUUGUAAUCUUUGACGCGAGUUACUACCUGCGUCAAAUCUGUCUUGUAAUCAUGUCCGUUAUCAGACGAAGAUCCUCGACAAAGCACCUGCUAGAAAGCAGUGUCAUAGAAGGUAUUGUCCUGAUGAAUGACCUUGAUCUCCAAUUUCACAUGAACAAUGCACGCUACUUGCGCGAGUGUGACUUUGGGCGUACAAAGCUGUGGAUAGAAAAUCGAAUCAUUGGGAAGAUUGGUAUAGGACGGAUGGUGAGGUUGACUAAUGCUGCAGCAAGUGUCCGCUAUCGCAAAUCACUACAGCUCUUCAAUAGAUACAAAAUUGUCAGCAAGGUGAUAUUCUGGGAUGAAAAGGCCUUUUAUGUGGAGCAGCAAAUUUUACGACAACCAGAUGAUUUUGUCUGUGCUGUAAUUAUAUGUAAGCAGUCUGUAAUAGGAUGUUCCCCAGAUAGUCUUGUUCAGAAAUUAUCUGGACAUUCCACGAUUUCAUCGCCCCCAAAGACUCGUGAACUCCAAUCACUCCUGGAGUCUUGGCAGCAUUCGAGUGAUCGACUAAACCGUCCUAGGGUUUAUGAUUGAUCGAUGCAAAACAACUAAACUUUUGUCAGUUUGUCUAAAGAUUGCAUUAAUAUGACUACUGAUAGGUGACAACAGGGCUAUACCAAUAUAUUUAUUAGGAUUUUUGACCUUGUGUCACUACAAAGAUCCUACCGAUAUGUGUCAUGAAUUACUGGGUACUUUAAAUAUUUCAUGUCUAUAUUAUUUUUGAUGGACUACCUUCAUGAUUUGUUGUUUUUUGAGAUUGUUAUUGAUUUUUGUCUUUCAAAUUGUUUGUGAAAAAGAAACUUUCUAUGGUAAAUGAAGGGAAUUAUAAAUGACUUAAUUGUUUCUUGUUACUUUAACUAUGGGUUUUAUUGUUAUCAGUAAUUAGGUUUACUUUGAAUACAUACCCCGGUAUGUACAUUACUGAUUUUAGUACUCAUUUGUGUACUGUUGUGCUGUUGGUGUUGAACAAAUUAAAAGAUAACAU